AUGUCGUUGUACAAAGAAAACACAGACAAACCUUACGAUGCAUUUAUCAGUUACAGACAAUCUACCGAUUCUAUGCUUGCCAGUUUGAUUAAAGUAUACUUGGACAUUGAAGGUCACAAUGUGUUUAUGGUCGUGAAAAGUUCGAAUGACGUCAAAUYUCGGCAUAAUGUAUUGCAGACCAUAAAACAGACGAAAAACUUUAUUAUUGUGUUGACGCCGGGUUCAUUAGACAAGCAUACGAUGAAUUCGUCUGCCAGUGAUAUCGAUGCUUCAGGUCUUAUUGCCGAGGAAGUCAAGACCGCAAAACAAAGCCAGUGCAAUAUAAUACCAGUAUUGAGCAGCAAUUUCACUUGGCCUCCAACUGCACUGCUACCAGACGACAUGAAGAACUUAUGCGUUUACAACUCAAUACGUUGGGUGCACGAAUAUCAGGAAGCGUGCGUGAAAAAAUUGAUGACGUUUAUGAACCAACUUUAGCGUCUCAAACUAACCUUUAGGUACUAACGACAAAUCAACCAAAACAAAAUUAUAAGGUACCUGCAUAAUAAAUUUUUUUUUUUAUCGCGUUUUACGAUUGAUUUCAACCACCACACCACGCCAAGCCAUAACCUUAUAAUAACUUAUAUAAUAUUUUUAUGGUAGUCUAUACUGGUACAGUGAUACAUAUACUUACCAUUACAAUUUAUUUUAUAUAUUUACUAUUGUGAUUACUGAUUAUUUAUAUAAAUAUGUAUU